AUGGAGAAUUCGCCGAGUCCAGUAUUUAAAGAGGUGACUCGUAUUGAUGCAACAAAGUUGACGGACGAAGAAAUAAUUGAGCAAGUUCACGUAAUCUGUGUCGAACAGGGCAUUCCUCUUGUGAUCGAAAAUUAUCAUUUAAAAAAAGAGUUUGACAGCGAGCUUUUCACUAUUACCUGGCUUCGGCAAAAUUAUGGAGAAUACGAAAUUAUAACUCGUGAUAUGAACAAGAAUUUGGAUGAGCCCAUGAGUUUGUCAAAUUACUUAGACUAUGUUGAGAAAACGAAAGAUCAUACGAUAACCGCCGAACAGAUGUUAUAUGGCAAAGAUAUAAUAUGUCCUAAUCCAUGGAAAGAUUAUGUCGGAAAAUUUUUGCCAAAUUAUUUCAAGUAUCAUGGGACUAAUGACUUAAUGUCUAACAUGCAUCCUGACCUUCGAGCCGACAAUCUCAUGUUAUAUAUUGGAAUUAAGGGGACAAAGCAAGAUAUUUGCGCUGCCUUUGGACACAAUCUAAUGGUUUACACAGAUCCUGACUCUUGGUCUACAUGGUAUAUGGUGGGUCGGGACGAUAGAGAGAAGAUGACCGCAUUCAUUCGGCAAAAAGAUCAUAAUAUUGAUCUCGAGAAUUAUUACGCACCACCUGAUAUAUUAUCUCAGACUGACUUUACCGUGUACCAUACCAAACAACGUGUUGGAGAUUUUAUACUCGUACCCUCCGAGUGUUGUCAUGAAGUUAUAAACGAGGGAGGUUGUACCAUAAAAGUUUCGUGGAAUAGAUUGACUCCUCACACGGUAGCUUUAGCUUUGACUAGUUCAAUACCAAAUUAUCGAAGAGUUUUAAGACCGGAAACUUACCAGAUAAAGCGUGUUAUAUACGAGAGCAUAGUCAAAUGGUCUGAAGCCCUGUCGCCUAACUUGCGUCGUCCAUUUAAUCGUAAAAAAUCUAAUCGGUCAUCUACUCAAAGUUUGGUUUACCCUACUCGAAUGAAAAAUUCACCGGGUAGGGACAUACAGAAAGAGUACAAGAUAUUGCUUAAUGCAUAUAAGUAUAUUCUGGAUCAAGAAUGGGUCCCUAAUAGUCAAUGGGAAGAAGAAUAUCAUGUCCCAACAACGCAGGAUAGUAGACAACAUUUAUCAUGUGAUUUUUGUCAUUGUGACCUAUGGAACAGACACCUUCAUUGUUACAAGUGUGUUACAGAAACUGGAUCCGCUUAUGAUAUUUGUUUGGAAUGUUACGCUGAGCGUCGAGGAUGCGUUCAUCCAUUGACACUUCGUGAUGGAUUUAAAAUGCAAAGAAUCAUUAAAGUUUAUAACAACGCGAAAAAAGCAUACAUAUCAAAAUGGGGGGAGGAUGACGAAAUUAAAGAUCUCGAAGAUUUGGAAGAUUCCGUGGGAUCUUUGGCCUAUAAUCGGUGGAAGGCUUCCCUAAAAUUGAAAAAAGAGGAGCAAUUAGAGGUUAAUAAUGCUGUAUCAAAAGAGGUUUUCAUUUCUCCGUAUGAGCCAAUCUUUGAAGAACCAGUAAAAGUGGAAUCAAAAGAUAAAAAAGAUGAUCAAAAUACAAAAAAAGUAACAAGAAAGAAAGCCCGUAAACCUCGUUCUGCGAAGGGUUCUACCACAGAUCCCGCUUCGGAUAAGAGCCUUAAAAGGAAGAAAUCUCAAAAAACAAAAGAUAAAGAUUUAAAUUCCGAGAGUCGCACCGUGAAACGUCGUAAAGCUAAAUCUGAUAAUGAAGAAAAGAAAAUGAAUUUAGGAAAUGAAUUGAGUGAUAAUACUCUGCAAGGUGGCAGCACGAGUGGAAUGGUUGACGGUAAACCAGAGGACUGUGACUACAUACGAAUGGUUCGAGACUUCUUUUUCAUCGACAAUGUACUGGGAUUAUUCGUAAACCAGGAUCCUCAACAAUCACAUCAUCCUUCUCCUGCAAACUCGAACUCAUAA